CUACUGUGACCUCCAGGCGUCACUUGUGGGUGACUGCCGCGAAGAGGGGCUCUCGUGGGCUGUGAGCUGAGAUUCAUCUCGCUCAUCAUUCCCUCCUUUAAGGAGUCCGGUGCAUAGCCUCUAGACCACCGUCUGAGAGCCUUGUGUCAUUGGAGCGAGGUCCUUGUCGCUCAAGUUGCUGUGCAAGGAUAGCGCAGCUUGCGUAGCGGACCCAGGACAGACCCGGUUUGAUCUCUUGACUCGUGGGUAACGCAUCCGAAGCCUUCCGCCUCGACCUGACCACCUGUUUCCUGCCUUCCAUUACAGAGCUCUGUCUGCAUCUAGCUGCUUGCUCCCUUCUGACGGGUCCUGCCACAGUGACAGCAUGGCGGCUGCAAGAGCUGAAGCAAAGGAACAUGAAAACUCUCACAACAACCGCCUUAUCCAACUUGCAAAUCCACAUGUAGCAGCAAUGAAGGAAGAUAUUCUCUAUCAUUUCAAUCUCAGCACUAGCACAUGUGAUUUCCCAGCUAUGUUUGGAGAUGUGAAGUUUGUGUGUGUUGGUGGGAGCCCCUCCCGGAUGAAGAAAUUUAUCAGAUACAUUGCCGUAGAGCUGGGCCUUGACCAUCCAGGAGAAGAGUACCCCAAUAUCUGUGUAGGCACUGACCGCUUCGCCAUGUACAAAGUUGGACCGGUGCUGUCUGUGAGUCAUGGGAUGGGCGUUCCUUCCAUUGCAAUCAUGUUGCAUGAGCUCAUCAAGUUGCUGUACCAUGCCAAGUGUUCCAACGUCAGCGUCAUCCGUAUCGGCACUUCUGGUGGCAUAGGUCUGGAGCCUGGCUCUGUGGUCAUCACCCGGCAGGCAGUGGAUGCCUGCUUCAAGCCAGAGUUUGAGCAGAUUGUCCUAGGGAAGCGGGUUGUUCGAAACACGGACAUGGAUGAGCAGUUGGUGCAGGAAUUGAUGCAGUGUUCUGCAGACCUGAAGGAAUUCACCACAGUGGUGGGGAACACCAUAUGUUCCUUGGACUUCUAUGAGGGGCAAGGCCGUCUGGACGGUGCCAUCUGUUUCUAUACGGAGAAGGACAAGCAGGCCUAUCUACAAGCGGCCCAGGCUGCAGGCAUCCGGAACAUCGAGAUGGAAUCUUCAGUCUUUGCCUCCAUGUGCAGAACAUGUGGUCUCCGAGCGGCCGUGGUGUGUGUCACCUAUCUGGACCGCCUGAAAGGGGACCAGAUCACCAGCCCCCACGAGGUGCUUGCUGAGUACGAGCAGAGGCCGCAGCGACUGGUGAGCCACUUCAUCAAGAAAAGUCUGGGAAAGGUCUAAGGUCCUUCCCUUUCCCUCGAAGCACAAGCUCCUGCAAUUAUUGGACAAUAAAACCGUUGUCCAAAAUCCUCUUCUAACUUGGAGUAUGCUUUACAUAAGGAUUAGGGAAUUGGACUUCAAUUAGGAGGUAAGGAAUCAUGGAUUAACUACACACAGAUUUUAUUAAAAUUUUGUAACAGCA